AAUAUAGUGGCUUUCCCGAGACGCAUUCUCCUCUCCCCUCAAAGUUUUAUCCUUCUCCUCACCGUUCAUCUUCCUCUGCGCCACUUGUCCUGGUACCAAUGCUAGCCAGAUAACGCUCAUUUCCCUCGUUAUUCUCAUUUCGACCAUGAGCUUCGUACAGAGCAUGCAAGAUGCCGCGAAUAACUUUCUGGCUUUAGCAAAACAGUCGAAGCCAGGCAUCGUAGCCAUUAUCUUUCUUGCAUUUUUCAUGGCAAUUGUAGCUUUUAUCUGGUUCUUCGUAUAUUUGAUAUCACCAAUACCUCGCAAGCCUAGAGCUUCAGAAAAACAAUACAUUACGAAUCAGGCGGAUGGAAGACCAACGGCGCCACGACCGCAAACAUGCUGGCAUGAGACGUGGCAAGCAAGAAAGCUAAUUGAAGAAAAGAUGGUUCUGCUUGGUCGGAAGAAGAAAGAGGAUGAGAUACCCAUAAUGGAUGCUGAAGUCUUCAUGUCUGUUGUAGUACCGGCAUACAAUGAGCAAGAAAGAAUAAAUUAUAUGUUGGAAGAGGCCGUUGCAUUCCUACAACGUGCCUAUGGCGUGCAUAAAACAAAGCAACAGCCGCCCAUGAAUGAACAUGACAAUGCUGCAUCUCCUCAACUGCCAGGCUGGGAGAUUUUAAUUGUUUCCGACGGGUCGACGGACAAGACGAUAGAAACCGCGCUCGCUUUCGCACACAAGCACAGGCUACCAGAAGGCGCACUCCGUAUCAUUGCUUUGGAGGAGAACAGAGGCAAAGGCGGUGCCGUCACGCACGGUAUGCGUCACGUUCGAGGACAAUACGCCGUUUUCGCCGACGCCGACGGCGCCAGUAAAUUCGAUGAUCUGGCAAGUCUCGUCGAGGUAUGCCAGAGAAUCGAGGAUGCUAGCGGCAGAGCCGUUGCGAUUGGUUCGCGAGCCCACUUGGUAGGCAGCGAAGCUGUUGUCAAGGUACGAUGCAUAUCACAUGGGAAAAGUCAGCGUUCCCUACUCCGCAACACUCUCAUGCAUGCUUUUCACCUUCUAAUACGACUCAUGACACCUCCGGCCACGAGCCGAAUCAAGGAUACUCAAUGCGGCUUCAAGCUCUUUUCUAGACCUGCAUUGCCUUAUAUAAUACCCUACAUGCACAGCGAAGGCUGGAUCUUCGACAUUGAGAUGCUAAUGCUCACAGAGAUGGCAGGCAUACCCAUGCAGGAGGUCGCAGUAGGGUGGAGAGAGAUUCCUGGAAGUAAAUUGAACGUGGUGUGGGCUAGCUUGGGUAUGGCAUGGGGAUUGGCGCAGCUACGCGCAGCAUGGGGACUUGGGGUUUACACAAAGACCCUGCUGUAAAUACGACGAUACUUAGGAGCGUGAAUGUUCCUCAUGCGUCAUAUCGCAUAGUCUAUCCCUGAGGGGUCAAAACGAGAGUUUUCGCAGUUGUCACCUUCAUCUGGAGCCAGUGAGCAGAUUCCUCGGAAUUUGCUGUUGGCCCCUAAUGCUAAAGUGCAGAUAUUCCUCAGUGAGGAAAUGAACAUCUGAAAUGUUCCGAACCCUUUUCGAGAAGUGCCGUCGAAAGACCCGAUGAAAGAAGGACUUCGUUGUCAAAGUGCGACUCAUUCUUGUGCAGUCACUGAUCAUUUUCGGUUAAGCCAUGUUCUCGAUCUUAAGUAAUUUAAUCCACAAACAUACACGCGAAGUGCGAGAGAAUUACCAAGUUUAGCAGCGGAUGCAAUAAUGUCUUCAGUCCGGUCAAUACCAUCUCUUCCGAUCCAAGCUCUUCACUAUGUACACGAUACGACAAG